AUGUUGUUGUUCUUUGCAAUGCAGUGUGCCGAUGUGAUGAGUGACCAAACAGUCAGUCAAAAUACCACAGUACCAGCAUCACAGGGAAAAACAUUUGAGCAAGCACUGGUCCGCUGGAUACCUUUACCCAUGCUACCCAUGCCUCCAUGCAUGCUGCUAGGAACAAGGGGGGAGCAGGAUUUGAAUUUGCCAUAUGGGGCUGCUCUCCUUACUUACCUGUUCCAUUGUCCUUCCAAUGAUGGAGACACACUUGACACGAACAAUGCAGUUGUUCCAGCUGUCAUUGUGCAAGAGGUUGGGCUACCUGCAGAUGAGAUGCUUGAUGCAACUGAUGCACUGGUUGUUUCAGCCAUCAUCGCACAAAAAGUUGGCCUACAUGCAGAUGAGCUAGAAGCCAUCAACACAGGAACCGACAGUGGGAAUGGGCAUGAAACUCACAAAUUUGCUAUAGAUCUCAACAUACCCACUGCCUCUGCAAACUCCAACCUGAGAAGCCUACGAGAAGGUUUGAGGAACACCAGUAAAUGA